GGGGGCCACGGGAGGGGCCAGUGCAGGACGAGCCGGCGAUCCCGCGCCCUCCCAACGGGGAGGGCGCGCUCUGCCCUUGUCGCGCAGCAGUCGCGACGAUUUCGCGCCCCGCCACAUCGGGCGACGGAAUCUGUGCGUAUCCACUGCCCCCUGGCCAGGCCCUUCCUGGGCCCAGGGGCUGUGCAUACGCCCUUCUGGCCCUCCUGGACAGGCCAGGAGGGCGUGGAGUGUAUACACCGCUACUGAGCUCAGGAUGGAGCUGCUUAGGGACCCGUGGCCACUUUGGCUCACGCCUGGUUUUUGUUCGUUCGUUGCGUCAGACUGCACCCGUGGACAGCAUUCGGGAGAUAUUGCAAGGUCAUGUCCCGGAAAUUCCCGACGACGGAAGCUUUCCUCAAGGAUGGCAAGAUCGACCCCAAAGUGCAGGAUGCUCUGUUGUCCGAUCCGAAGGUGCAGGAGGCGAUGAAGAAGUCUGGCGAGCAGGCCCUCAGCAACCCCGCGGUCCAGGACGCCAUCUUCAAGGCGGCGAAAGACAAUCUGACGGCUGAGAACGCGCAGAAGGUCGCCAACGCAGCCAAGGAGUGGGCGCAGGAUCCAGAAGUCCAGGCGAAGGCGAGGCACUACGCGGGCAUGGCCAUGGCGUAUGCCGGCCAGGCCGGGCAGAGCAUCAUUGGCUGCAUUGAACAGGGGCCUGACGGCCUCCGAUGGUUGUGUUUUUUGUUGGCUGUCUUGACCGUGGGGUGGGCAGGUUAUGACGUGUUCACAAAGGUCCUCAGCUUCCAGUGGUUGUUCAUUCCAAUGAGCCUUUUCCAAAUGUUUUUCGCCUUUACGAGUGCUCUUUUCGAGGCCAAACCAGAGCACGUCGUGAAGUUCGGCAUGACCAAAUAUCAAGACAUGCUGCUGGAGUAUGCCAAGUUCAUUUCCACUACGCUGGGCCGCGGAGUCUUUUACAUCUACCAGGGAAUGCUGUGGUUCAUCGUGGUCGGCGCCCACGAUAUCGCAAAGUGGUUCAACCUCUUCAACUUGGUCUCUUUGGCCUUGGGAGCGUCCUUCAUCGUGAUGGGCGGGUUACACAUCGCCAUGCACUACGGCAUCAUGCCGCAGGAGGUCGUGGUCAAGGCCAAGGUGGCGGCUGCGAAGGCAACAGGAGCUGGCUACCAGAAGGUCGACGCUGCUGAACCCUGAGGAGCCCUCGCGACGGCCAGCCACGGAGCAGAGGCCUGUACCAUAUCGCAGGGAGCCCGCGUGCGAGUGCGCCACAGGAGGGCGAGACGGAGAGUGAGAAGAGUGGUGUUGAUGGGGAGGGGGAGGAAGGAUGCACGAGCUUGGACGAGGCGGCCGAAUGCCACCGCGCGCCCGCGUGCUCGUGUCGCGGGGCGGCUGCUGUCAGUGCACAGCCCUCCCCUCGCUUCGGGCCAGCGCGGUGCCACCCGCGGCCGACUGGACCUGGCCACGCCUGGCCUUCUCCCCGCGCCCUGCUGCACGGUGGGUUCGUGUCGUGUCGACCGGCGGCGACCCCGCCAGCGGCCUUCAACGUUGAACGCCGCGUGCGACC